CCUAGCAAUGAAAGGAAAGCAGUCUUGAGCUGCAAGGAAGUAAUGGGGCUUUGCUCUGCCUCCCUUCCCCCUUCCUGACCCUAAGGCAGACUUGCACAAGUUUAAAACGCUCGGUUUCUCCACCUGGAAACGAGGGGAGGGGGUGAAUGAGUGGCAGAACGCUUGUUCACUGUGGGCAAGGAGCAGUUCUCACCUAAUCCGAGGGACUGCACGCACGAGUCAUUUGACACGCGCUGCCCAGAGGAGACUCAGGGAGACAUUUUGGCUAAGCCCCAGCGGAGCUGGCUGCUGCGGUCAGCUGCAGCAGCCCAACUGGCGACCUACCGGCAGGAAGGAUGCAGAGCUGAAAGCCAGCGUACGUGCUCCACGUGACCGUGUCGUAUAAGACCUAGCUGCCGGCUCUGCCCUCUUCAGCUGCUUCUCUCGGGUGCCCCCUCGCCCCGGUGCCUGGGCUCCCUGCUCUCCACACCUACCGAGUCCCUGCCUCCCCAGCAACCUCCACUGCCGGCACCAUGACAGAUCAAUCUUUUGUGACUUUGUCAACAAAUGACUCCUACGCCAGAGGAGCUUUGGUGCUCGGCUCUUCACUGAAACAACACAGAACGACCAAAAGGUUAACAGUGCUGAUAACCCCGCAGGUCUCUGAGUCUAUGAGGAAAGUUUUAGAGAAGAUUUUUGAUGAAGUCAUCCUGGUUGACAUCUUGGAUAGCAGGGAUUCAGCUCAUCUAACCUUAAUGAAAAGACCUGAAUUGGGUGUCACAUUAACCAAACUCCACUGCUGGUCACUGAUUCAGUAUUCAAAAUGUGUGUUCAUGGAUGCAGAUACUCUGGUACUGACAAAUAUCGAUGAGCUUUUUGAGAGAGAGGAGUUAUCAGCAGCACCAGAUCCAGGAUGGCCUGACUGUUUCAAUUCAGGAGUCUUUGUUUACCGACCUUCCAUUGAAACAUACAAUCAGCUGUUGCAUAUGGCUUCUGAACAGGGAAGCUUUGAUGGUGGGGACCAGGGUUUGCUGAACAUGUUCUUUAGCAGUUGGGCAACAACAGAUAUCAAAAAGCACCUGCCAUUUAUCUAUAAUCUAAGCAGCAUUUCUAUAUACUCCUACCUCCCAGCAUUUAAAGCGUUUGGGGCAAAUGCAAAAGUUGUGCAUUUCCUGGGACGAAUCAAACCGUGGAACUAUACCUACGACCCCAAAACGAAAAGCGUCAGGAGUGACUCUCAUGACCCUACUGUGAUCGACCCACAAUUCCUCACCAUGUGGUGGGAUAUCUUCACCACCAACAUUCUGCCUUUACUCCAGCAUUUUGGAGUUGUUAAAGAUACCUUCACAGCUCUUCACGCGCUUUCGGGUUUGGCCUAUACUCUGGCUUUCUCUUGUGGCUUCUGUAGAAAGGCGGAAGUUACAGAUGCAAUGUUGCAUAUGUCCAUCGGGGACCUCAGCCCUCCCCCCCAACCAUUUGUAUCCUCAGAAGAACGUAAGGAGCGGUGGGAGCAAGGCCAGGCUGAUUACAUGGGAGCAGAUUCCUUUGACAACAUCAAGAGGAAAUUGGACACUUACCUUCAGUAGAAAAUACCUCCAUUUUCUCUGUGCAAACAUCGGCUACACAGGACUGGUUCUGGAUAAUUUAGCAUCUAGAAGUGUUUUGAGUAUGGUUGUUAUGGUUGCUAGCGGCUUUGACAGCAGCUCUACGUUUGAAGGUUUAUAGUACUAAUGUGAAAACUGGACAAAAGUCAAGAAGUAAAAAGCUCAUUUUCUGGUCAAUUAAUUGCUGAGGGACUCUGCCCGAUCAUUCAGAAAAAACUUAAGAAAUUUUCUAUUUAAUGCCAAUUACCAAUAAAUCUGAGAGGGAAUGAAGCCAUUAAGCUAUCUAUCUGCCUCAGCUCCUGAAACCUGAAGAGCUGAGUUCCAAUCAGUUCCUCUUUUAUUUGCCUUGCUCUUUUUCCUAUAGUAGAUAGAUAUUUCAGGAUUGAUCACUUUCCUCAUGGUCCCAAUUCUUCUUUUACAGAAAAGCAAUGUAAUAUUGUCAAAUUGAGUUACAGAUUUAUUAACUGCUUCCACAAAUGGUGACACCCUUUUUAUCUCUUUAAGAAACUGAAGUGGUUUUUUGUUUUUGUUUUUGUUUUUUUUUUACCAGUUUUCUUUGUACAGUAAGGUAGCAUGCUGGAAGGCAGUUCUAUACAUUUUGGGGAUGAGUGAGUUUUCUGAAUGCUUACCUCCAGUGGCACUAUGUACAAAAAAUAAACACUUAACAGUGAAUUUCUGCUCGUCUGUCUUGGCUAAGAACUAGUUUCCUAGAAGAAAAUUGUGCCUUAUACUAGGAGUACUCAUGAUCUAUUUUUUCCCCCUGAAAUAGUAGCUUAAAUUGAAAUGAGCUCUUUUAUGACCACAGUCAAGUUCCAAAGUCCAUCCACUGUAAGGUGUUGAGAUUGCAAUGUCUGUUCAUGAAGAGGAAGGAAUAUCUAUACCACUGAACUCUGUUGUAGAGCUCCUUAGUGUAUUGUGAUGUGAUUAUUUAUUUACAUAUUCAUAUAUAUAAUUGCGUAUAUAUACAGAGAGGAAAGGAGGGGAGAGAGGGAGGGGAAAAAGGGAGAUGAAGAGAAGGAAAAGAGGGAUGGACAGAGGGAGGGAUGGAUGGAUGGAGUGAGUCAUUUUUAAGAGCAAAUUAAGGCUGAGAAAAUUCUAGAAGACACUACUUUGCAAACAGCUGGGGAAAAAACAAAACCAAAUAAUUCUGAUGAUAGUGUGAUUAGACCUGAUAAAUAGAUGGAAGACAAAAUAAAAAUCUACCAUAGCAUCUCA